GGUCGGAUCGGAUGUUUUCACUCGUUUCCUAGGUUUUCUGAAACACAGUCGUUUUGAUUUAUUCGGAAGAAACAUCCGUUCCUCUCGGCUCUUCUUCUUCUUCUUCUACUACUACUACUUCCUCUCAAAUCUCAAUCGCCGAUUAGUUACUACUCCUCCGUCCAGCCCAUUUAUCCUUCAGCCAUCUUCUCUGAAAUCCUCUCUCUGAUUCCGGAAGGAACCAUUGUUAGAAACUGGAGAUUAUCUUCAGUUACAUCGACCCUUUCUCCUAAACUUACCUUUACUCGAAUAUGUUCAAGAAGUUUUGUUUGGAGGAGAUUUCAUCACAAAACCAAGUGAAGGCAUCUGUUCAACGCAGGAUCCGCCAGAGUAUUCAAGAUGAGUACCCAGGACUUGAAACAGUGAUGGAGGAUCUACUCCCCAAAAAGAUUCCUCUUAUCGUAGUGAAGUGCCCAAACCAUCUGACCCUAGUUGUUGUCAACAAUGUCCCCCUCUUCUUCUGUAUCCGUGAUGGGCCAUAUAUGCCAACACUGCGACUUCUUCAUCAAUACCCAAAUAUAAUGAAGAGGUUUCAAGUUGAUAGAGGUGCCAUAAGGUUUGUUCUCUCUGGUGCAAACAUAAUGUGUCCUGGUCUUACUUCCCCGGGAGGUGUUCUGGAUGAAGAAGUUGACGCUGAAAGGCCAGUGGCCAUAUAUGCAGAAGGAAAGCAACAUGCGUUGGCAAUAGGGUUCACCAAAAUGUCAGCCAAGGACAUCAAGAGCAUCAACAAAGGAAUCGGAGUGGACACCAUGCAUUACCUCAAUGACGGUCUCUGGAAGAUGGAGCGGCUAGAUUGAGGAACGAGUAAAAUGAGUCACUCUCGGAGAGAGAUAUUAUGAUCUCCUUUUAUGUUAUCUAAACUUGUGGAGCUUUUUGUCCGGAUCAACCUUAGCUUUGAUUUGAUUCGUUUUCAAAUAUUACUAGAUGUUUAUUUUAUGAGGGAACAUCAUUACAUCAACCUUAGCUAAGGUUCUUACAGUUUCUAAUCCCGUAUAAUCAAAUGGCUUUUUACGCCUUGAGCAA